AACUUUCAUAUAUGCACAAGUGUUCGGACCUCUGAUUGAAGAAUAUUUCACCAUGUGACUGCUGACUCAAUUCCCGCGCUGCCCGGGGGAGCGGAAGUGCACGUGCGCGGUCGCGCGAAGAGCGUGACCUCCAGUUUGAAAUAGUUAACAUUUUGAUCUAAAGUCACUUUAAAUUUAAGUAACUUUAAUGUUGUACACGUCAGCUAAACUUUAAUUGUAAGUUCUCCAGUAGCUGAUCUAAACACCUUCGGGAGUGCGCGUGAAAUCAUGCGCGUGUCAUAAUUACCGAGCCGCGGUUUUUUUUAAACUGAGUGGCAGUUCUGUAAUAUCGGCUGAUUUAAUCAUUGAAAUAUGAUGAAGCUGAGCCGUCCGUGGGCAGAAAGCGCCCCGUCUGGAGCUGCUCACAGUCUGCAGAUUCGGCGGGGCCAACGGAGACCGAGGCCGAACCCAGCGGCUCGGAACCAGGCGGACUGUUCUGAGCAGCCGCGCAGGAAGACCCCCGGGCCGACCCUGCUGAUCCAGAGGCAGGAGAUGGCCGCCUUCUUCAGACUGUUCGAUGAUGAUCUAAUACAGGACUUUCUUUGGAUGGACUGCUGCUGUAAACUUACAGACAAGUACUUGCUGGCUAUGACCUUCGUGUACUUCAGGAGGGCUCGCUUCAAUAUGACUGAACACAGCAGAAUGAACUUCUUCCUUGCCCUCUAUCUGGCAAACACUAUGGAAGAGGAUGAGGAGGAAACCAAAUAUGAGAUCUUCCCCUGGGCUCUGGGAAAGAGCUGGAGGAAAUAUUUCCCACGAUUCCUAAAGCAAAGAGACCAGUUGUGGGCGCGCAUAGAGUACAGAGCUGCCGUCAGCCGACGAUGCUGUGAGGAGGUUAUGGCUAUUGUGCCGUCUCACUUCAUCUGGCAGCGUGAGCGCGCAGAGCAUCACAGUGGAGCUCAGAGGCUGUACCACACUCGGGAGGAGAUCCUCAUUCCCCGCGGGCCCUCUGGUUCCCCAGAGCCUUGUUUUCUCUGCGCGCGGACCUCUGCUCAUCCCGUUCCUCGUCCAUCCUCCGCUGGAGCCCGCUUGUCAUCUGCGCCACUGAAGGCCCAAACUUCACACAGGCCCAAAGCCCAGCUAAACUGUAAUUGUAAAUUGACUAAAUCAGGUACAUUUACAGGAAGUGAUGCAUGUCAAGAUCAUUCAAUGGACUGGAUCAGUGAGGAGUAACAGAUCUUAUAUGCCUGUUGACCAUAUCGGAUGCACUUCAGUUGUCCGAGGGCCAGAACAGAGUGCUUCUUAACUGACCUCAUGAGAAAUGUACAGCAUUGGUGUGAAUAGGGUAAUAGUCAUGUACAUUGUUCAUAAAAGAUGUAAAGAAUAUGUCAGAAAAUACAAUGUGAAGGUUUGUGCAUGCAUUUUACUGUAUCAUAACCCUCAUAAUUCCUUGUUGUAUAAAGUAUUUUUUUCUU